CAGAGAAAGUCAAAACAUGAAAAAAAUGGAUUAUUCUACCUAUCAUUUGGUAACUAUUUCUAAGUAAUGUGUUAGCAAUGCAUUAAAUAUUUUAUCGUGAUGGCAGAUUAUAUGAGGAGAAAUGCUAUUCAUGAUGCAAAGAUAAAUAUUUCCACAAAUCUCUGAACUUCAGUUUGAAUUUUAUUCGCGGUUUAAAUUUAAUGUUUGUAAGUGACUCUCGGUUCGGAAUCAAGGCGAACACUGAAAAUAUGAAGAGAUGAGCAGAGGUAAAAACCGAGAGAAAUGAAGAGAAACGAACGUUCCGACAGCAUAGAAUACGGGUCAAAUAAUACGCGUUCUGUGACUGAUUGUGGCCGACCGACACCGCCGAAACCGGCGUCAAACGCUAUAAGCAAGGGAACUUCGGGCCUGUCUUCCUUGGCAGUGAAGAAACUGCGUGUGUGAAGUAGAAUGAAUCACAAUAUUGCGAUAAUGAACGUUGUUUGUGGUGAGAAGAAGUUACAUAACGUAGUGUGUACUUGUCUCAUCUUUUAAUUGAACCGAAUUGCUUGUCAAACGCGACCUUCACUGAAUACAGGAAGGUUAUAUUAAAGCGGUAUUUUAGUAUGCAGUUGAAUGAAAUCUCUCGUCAGUCGUUAGAGCGCAAAAUGGGUAAGACGCAUUAUGGAAAACAGUGGAGCGUAUUCGUGGAGUUGAUGGGUCGAUCAGCAAUGUUGUAAAACUUUCUGGAGCGGCUACAAAAAUGGGUCGUCUUCCGUACGUGGGCAAGGAACGUGAGGUUAACACCUAUCCAGCAUCACUAUUGUUGGUGUCUGUAUUAGGCUCCCUGGGCACUGCCACGGGAUCUGUUAUCCUGCUAGGACCUGAAGAGCGUAUAUCAGUUGUCCGGGGUGCUUGGCUGUCAUUGUUGGGCCUUAUCUUCUUUGCUUCAUUAUUUGAUCUCCUCAACUAUAUUGCCUUGCGCACUGACUUUGGACACAAUUUUCGCAAGAAAUAUGAAUUGACCCUUUCAGAGGUGCUUGAUAUUUCCAACAAGACUGUUUCAGCUGUUCAGGCUCUACUUUCUUGCAUUACUGGUACAAUUGUAUGCCUAUGGUCUUGUACUAGAUCAUUUCUAAGGUCUUCUCAUUUUAUGUCCGAAGCAUAUGCUUGGUUUGGAGCUGCUUAUUUUUUUUAUGAUAUCUGGUCAAUGUAUCGAGUACAUACUGUUAAUGCUGCACAUCGCCAUGCUCGUCGUUUAGCUCGCUGGCGAGAGUACCUUUAUCAACAACCUGUCAUCGUUUUCCAUCAUCUGUUCAUUGGCUCCUUUGGAUUUCUUGUCAUUGUGUAUUUGCGUGGUGGUUUAGGAGAUUGUGUAUUUGGCUUUGUGUAUCUGAUGGAACUUAGCACCCCAUUUGUAUCAUUCAGAGGCAUUUUAAGUAAAUUGAAGGCGGUGAUGGGACUGCCUGCUGGUUGCAAAGCAGGAAUUGCUACGUUAAUGUUACCACAAGUCUAUUGGUUCCUGCUAAUGGUGCAAGGUGCAGCUAAAGUAUUUUGCCCAUCUGUAUUUGGCCGUGGCCAUGGAGGCAGCAGAGCUCAGAUUGCAACACCAACUAGGAGCAUCGACUCCCAUCAUGACCCUGUUGAUAACUACCGUGUCAAUGGCAAAAGCUGAUCAUUGGACCUCUCCAGCAACUUCCAGCAAACCCACAUUUUCAGCUUCCUCUCUGUGUCUCCUGCCGCCUGCUGUGUUCAUUGUACAUUGUAUAUUGCCUGUUAAUACUCUUAUUUGUAUUGAAUAUUCUUUGUCGUACUCAAAUCACUGUAUAGGAAUUAUAUCGUUAUUGGGAUAUGAUUACAUUUCGUGUUGAUGUGAGGAGACAUAGAUUUUAAACUCCUGAUGCAUUUCUCAAAAGAAAACAUUUAAAUUUCUGUUUAUUUUCUGUUCCAUUUUAUUUUGCAUUUUCGCAAGCUGCUGUUGCAUUUCUCAGAACAUGGCCAUACAAUUUUAGCAUUUUUCUAUUAUUUACUUUAGCCUUCUAGGUUAGUGUUUGGAAGAUUUAUAAUGCCAAUUGUCUUGUGUUCUCUGUUUUGUUACAUAAGCUUUAGAUGAUUCCGUUUGAGAGUUCUGGUCUCACAAUGAAACAAAAAUACUCAGUUUGCAGCUAUGAGAGAAUUUUGAGGAAAUUGUUUUUGUGAAUUCAUUUAAAUUGCACUGGCUUCCAUUGUGCUGGUCUUCCCACUGUUACAGUUUUUGUGCAAGUUGGCAUGUGCACAUUAGUGUACUGUGGUAGCUAUUGUUAACAACUAAGAAACAUGCCUUCUGUUGUGCAAGAUUUUGAAGUUGAAUAAUGCAUUGUAGAAAAACCUGGAUGCAGGUUUAAAAUUGGGGGAUAGGAUCUUGAAGGAGUUAAUGUAUAAUUUAGAUGUAGAUCUGUUGAGCGCAAUAUUUUGUGUUUUAGAUUCUGAACUUCUAAUUCUCAUUAAGAGCAUUUAAUUUUAUGUUCUAGACUUUUUAUCUGAUUUAAUUCAUGUUCCUGUAGAAGAUCGCUUGGGAGAUUCAGGAAGACUAGUCAAGCUGAUUAGGAAUGUAUUGUCUUCUUCCCAUUUAGUCAUAUUCCUAGGCUUAUUCACAAUCCCUCCAUGUUGUGUAUUUCAUAGCAUGUGUUUGCACCUGACUGUAGAGUCAGCAAAAUAGCAUCAUGCACAAUGUUGAAUGUUCAUUCUAUCAUGCAGAUAGGAUACUCUUUGGUUUGUGAUGUCAACCAUCUUGUUAUAUCUGAAGGUUGCUUUGCUUUUGAUUAUUUUAGUCUAGUCUUUAGCUGAAUAUCUUCAGUUAGACAAGGCUCAUGAAAGCUUAGUUGUUUGGACUUGGAAUGCAGCAGAAACUGCUUUCCUAUAGCAUUUCCUGUAAUCAUUGUCUUAGGUUAGUGUGCUGUACAUGUUUUAUGCUCCAAUAUGUACACCUGGUGUUGUGGAAGAUAUGGGUUGUUCCAAAGUAGCGAAUUUGUUUGUCAUAUAUAAUGAAUAUAUUUUCUAGUCCAUAGCUGAUUGUCUUCCUCCAGGUGAGUCAGUUAGAAUAAUGCGAGGUUUCUGCCUUGCAAGUACAAACAUUCGAGAUUUUCCUUAAUGGCUUCCUCCAACCAAUGUCUUGGUGAUAAAAAUCUCAUGUUAUGUUUAUUUAAGUUGAUGAUCCACCUUCUUUUAUUAGGGUUUUGUUAUUUAUUAUGUGGAAAGAAAGGGAUGCACAUUUAUGUGUGCAAGUAAGUAAGCCUGCAUUGACAACAAGACUUAUUUAUAAUCUCUGUACAGUGUGCUGGCAAUAAACUGUUACCUGGUGUUGUAGUACAUGUUUUUUUUCUUCUUAACCAUGUCGUUCUGGUCCUUUUUUAUAAUAAAAGAAAGAUUGUAACAAGUGUUUAAAAUUGCUUUAGUUUAGUAACUUAUGGAGUCUCAUUUUGGAUACUUGCUUGAUAAAUGCAUGUGUUGUUAAAAUAACUUGUGAAUUGUUUUCAAGUUCUUAGCUAGGUUAUCAAUACCGAAAGGUUAUUUUAAUCAAUCCAUAAUCCAAGAGAUCUAAAAGAUUGCACUUUCACAAUGUUUAUAUAUAUAGUAAACACCACAAUGAAAAAAGGCAGUUGUUAAAACAAUAUUGAGAUUGUACUCAUAGGAAAGUAUUAAGACAACAUCCAAAAACUUUAAAUAAUUUUGCCUGUUGAAAUUCAGUAAUGGACUAAUUUUACAAAAAUAUACCAGAUGUAAAAAUCGACUGGUUGAGUGUGACAAAAAAAUUUUUAAACAAAGAUUCCCUUGCUUUACAAAAAUAUGCAUACAUAAAUAUAUAAAUAAAUGAGAAAAUAUGAAUGUCUAUAUAAUCCAGGGAUAUCGGAAAUUGGUCAAAAACUUAACUGCAGAUUGUGUCAAUAUUUGCUUUUACAGAGGCAUUUGAAUUUUUCAGAUGGUGAAGAUAUUAGAGAGACCAAAUUACUCAUUCAUUUAUAACCAAAAAAAAUUGUUGGUACUUUUCUCUCUUGUGGAAGUAAGUGAUUUGAGCUUUUAUGGUAAAGGCAAUCAUAAUACAUUCAAAACGUAAUUGGAAAUUGAAUUACAACAUAAGAACAAAACAAGAUUUCAGAAAAUAGAUGAUCUUCUUGCAGAUUUUGUACGUGCAAGGCCUGUUGUUUGCAAUAUAUCAUCUGCAUAACCUUCACCAUUGCUUUCUGUCUCUGGAGUUUCAUGGCCAGUUUCUAUUUCAAAUUCAGAAAAAUCUCGAAUUUUUUGCAUCAUUUUGAUUUCAUUCAGAAGGUCUUCAUCCUUUAAGUGGUGCUAUAAAAGAUACAAUAUUUUAAAUUACAUGUUGCAACAUGGUAAUUUGAUGAAAUUAGUGUUGGACAUGUAGGAUCUUGCUAAUGCAUUUCCUAUUUGCCACUUUCAUACAUUUAUUUCUAUCCUGUGAAUACAUUAAGAUUUGCAUUACAUUAAAGAAGUAAUGAACAAAUACUUCAGAAUUAAAUUGAGGGUUCUUUUGUUGUUUUUUGGCAAUAAUUAAUGCCAUAUAUGGUUGUUACUAUUUUUAUAAAAUUAAUAAUUAGAAAAGUAUAUUUUACCUCAUUUAAAAAGAAAAUGAAAUUAAUUGUAUCAAAUGAUUUUUACUCAUUCAUAUCUUAUAAUGAAAUAGCAAUUCUUGAAAAAACUGUAAUAUGAAAAUCAAAAGUAAAUGAAAUGUCUAUAUUGAUUGGAUUUAAUGAGCAGGAUACUGUAUUACUCAACACAAAAUAGAAACAAUACUAUUUAUUUAAAUUUAUUUGUAAGGAAAUUUAAUGAUAUACAAAUGCUUAGGUAAAACUAUUGAAGCUAGAAAUGUGGUAUAUGGAAUCUACAUUUUUCUUAAUAUGGUGUUACCACCAAGAGGUAUUUCCAAAAUUCUACUUUCUUAGGAGCGAAAAAGCUUUGGGUAUGUACAAGUGGGUGGGUAGGGGGAAUGCAAGUACACAUUUGUGAGGG